GACGCCCAGCUGUGUCCGGAAGUGCUCGCCCUACUUCCGGCGCGGCGCUUCCGGGGUCACUGGGGGAUGCUGCGGGCGGUGCGGGGUGCCGCGCGGCUCCUGUUGCCCGCGCGCGGCGGCGGUGCUGAGCGAUGGCUCCGGUGGCGGCUCCUGCAGCAGGCGGCGCCCCAAGCCGCCGCCCCGCCCGCCGUAGGCCGGUGGCUCCUCGUCUGCAGCGGCACCGUGGCGGGCGCCGUGGUGCUGGGCGGCGUCACCAGACUGACAGAGUCAGGCCUCUCUAUGGUUGACUGGCACCUGGUGAAGGAGAUGAAGCCCCCCAGGACGCAGCAGGAGUGGGAAGCUGAGUUCCAAAAGUACCAGCAGUUUCCAGAAUUCAAAAUCCUGAAUCAUGAUAUGACACUGACAGAGUUCAAGUUCAUCUGGUACAUGGAGUAUUCGCAUCGUAUGUGGGGCCGUGUUGUGGGUCUGGCCUAUAUUCUGCCUGCUGUGUACUUCUGGAGAAAGGGCUGGCUCAGUCGCCCCAUGAAGGGAUGUGUUCUUGUGCUCUGCGGGCUUGUCUGCUUCCAGGGACUACUGGGGUGGUACAUGGUGAAGAGCGGACUGGAAGAGAAGCCAGAUUCUUACGACAUUCCUCGGGUCAGUCAGUACCGUCUCGCAGCACAUCUCGGCUCUGCGCUGGUUCUUUAUUCUGCUAGUCUAUGGACAGGGCUGUCUUUGCUGCUCCCACAACACAAGUUACCUGAGACCCGUAAGCUGCUCCACUUGAGACGAUUUGCUCAUGGCACUACAGCUCUCAUUUUCCUUACUGCUCUUUCAGGUGCCUUUGUGGCGGGGCUGGAUGCUGGCCUUGUGUACAAUUCUUUUCCCAAGAUGGGGGAAUGCUGGAUCCCUGAUGAUCUCCUUGCCUUUUCUCCUGUGCUGAGAAAUAUCUUUGAGAAUCCUACAACUGUACAGUUUGAUCACAGAAUCCUGGGAAUUGCCUCAAUCACAGCUAUCACAGCACUGUAUCUGUUCUCACGGAGGAUCCCGCUCCCUCGCAGGACCAGGAUGGCAGUGACUUCCUUGCUAGCUGUGGCAUGCGUGCAGGUGGGCCUGGGCAUCAGCACCCUGCUGCUGUAUGUGCCGACACCGCUGGCUGCCACCCACCAGUCGGGCUCCCUGGCGCUGCUCAGCGUGGCGCUGUGGCUCAUGAGCGAGCUCCGGCGGGUCCCCAAGUAACCAACCGCGCUGGGGCGCGGCGGCGAGAGGCUCCAGCGCCCCACGGAGAGCCCUGCCUUCCCCUCGCCGGGGGGGCUGCGUGGUGCCGGGGGGCAGCGGGCUGCAGGCGAAGCCCCUGGCUCCCCUCGCACUGGAGAGGGGGCAGCGGGGACGGUUUUGAGGGCAAACGCUGUCACAUAAACGAGUUUUGCAGAGG